AUGACUGUCAUCGGGUUGGCCCUGGAGUUCCUCUUGCUCAUCCUUCUCCUGGGACUCACAGCUGGGCAGCCCUUCAUCGGUCUGUUGGGUCCAUCCCAGAGGGCAGCUCCUGGAGAGUCAGUGGCUUUCACCUGUGCUGCUGGCCCCUUUGGCUCCCAGAACUUCUCCCGGGACUUCAAUGUCACCUGGUGGAAGGACAACGGUGAACACCCAGCCUCAGCUCAGCACCUGGUGCCUGACAACGAAGACAAUUACAUCAUCAGCAGCAAGGCCUGGGUGACGCUGACCCGACAAGAUAUCUCGUCUGAGAUCACCUGCGAAGUCACCUACAGGGCCCUGGAAGAGCCCCUGACAACGACCAUGAACCUCUCCCAAGUGCUCCGAGGUGAAUGGGCUGUAGGGUCACCGAGAACCCAGACAGGACGUACUCUCUGGACCACAUGUGGCAGGCAGAGGCCACGCUGGACGGGAGGGAGUUCGCUUGCUGGGUGGUCCAAGACGAGCAGCCCCCAAUCAAGGCCAACAUCACCCUGCGUGUCUCGCUGCCCAGGCCCCCUUCAGCGGUCUGAGCCUGGCACGAGCAUCCAACUGACGUACACGUCCUCUGGAUUUCCCACGUCCCACGUUACUGUGACCUGGCUUAAAAACAAACACCAGCUCCCAAAGUCCCGGACCAGCGUCCAUCUCAGUGGAUACACCUACAACGUGACAAGCAGCGUGUCCGUCCCACUGAAGGCGGAUGAUGUGUCCUCCCACGUCGUCUGCCACGUGGAGCACAAGUCGACGCGUUUUCCAGAAGAUCAUGGACCUGGACCAGUACCUCCGUGUUCCCCCUGCAGUGACAGUGUCCCAGUCUCCCAUCUCCUCCAGCUUGGUGGCUGUCACCUGCCAUGUGCAGAGAUUCUAUCCACAGAGUGUGUAUAUCACCUGGCUAGAGGACUGCCAUAUGCUCAAAGAAGCUGA